AUGGGUUGUUUUGUUGAUCUGUUAUUGCGUUGCUUCGGUGGAUGCUUUGGAAUUGAACAUCAUGACCGGAGGCGGAGCCCCAAAGUCUCUCCGGAGCCAGAGGCAGAGGCUUUAGAGAAGAAGAAAAUUGCAAAGCAACUUGGCCGUCCUGAUCUUGCUCGCAUUGAGACCAAUCUUUACGAAGAUGUUAUAUUGAACUGUCAAGCUGUUAUGAACCCUGGCGACAUUCAAGUGGAAUGUGAUUCUCACCUCGAUAAUGUGACGAAGCAAUCCUUGUUUGAUCAACUUAUCGUUCCACUAUGGAGGCCUGAGCUGUUUCUUAACGGCAGCAAGCUGCUGGCUGGUCCACGGAGAGGAGUCGUGCUCCAUGGACCACCGCCGAGUAAUACUGGCAAAGCAACAUUGCUUGCUACUGCCAAGUUCAUAGCAAAAGAUUCUGGCGCCGUCUUCAUCAGUGCAAGGAAAAUAGCGAAUCUGAUCACCAGUAGUUUCAGCGAUUAUGAUGCUACAAAGAAACGGCAAUUUAUCAGUGCUGUGUUUAGCUUAGCUUCUAAACUCCAGCCUGCUGUCAUAUAUAUCAACGACAUGGAUGGUUUCUUGGGGCAACUCUCCCAAACUAACAUGAAGACUGAGUUCUUGGAAAUAUUGGAUGGUUUUUUUACUGACCAGAAGCAUGAGCAUGCUCAAGUAUUGGUUCUAGCUGCUACUAGUAAAUGUAAUCGUGCAUCACCGGAGCUUGAUGAAGUAAUAAAACGGCAUUUUCAGGUCUUUGAGAUUCGGGUGCCAUGGAUGAAGGAGAGGGCAGAGAUACUGAAGUUGAUUAUGAAGGGUGAGAGAGUUGAAGAAAAUAUUGAUUAUGACCACGUAGCUGCAUUGACUGACGGUUACGAAGCUUCAGAUCUAUACCAACUUUGCAAGAAAGCAGCGUACAAUCCUAUCAGAGAUUAUCUACAAUAUGAAGAAAAGAGUGGAAUUAAGCAAUCUUCUCCACCAAGGCUAAUGUCACAGUUGGAUUUAGAGAAUGUGGUGAUUGCACAACUUAUUCCAUACUUGAACAAGUUGUUACAGCAAGCGACGAUUAUACUGGAUCAAACUCACAAUGAGAAACACCAUCACCAGCUGAAACAGAUACUGAGCUCUUUAGGAUUUAGUUACAGAGGUAAAGAUGACAGCAAUGUGAUGGAGAAGAGAGACGGAAAGGCUGUAAAUGACAUAUGCAAGAACGCGAAAAGAGGGAAGCAUAGAGUUGAUUCAGUAGGACAAACUACUCGCACCAAAUGACAAUGA